AUGGCGACGAUUACGAUUUCCAGUGUUCAAUACCACCACCGGUGCAAUGAUAGGACGUCUAGGUGGCACAACAACUUCGACGAUUGGUCGACGUGGAGGCAUCACAACCUCAACGACAGGAGCGGGUCUUGGUGCUACUACAACGACAGGCGCUGGAGGAGGUGGCACCUGAGCCACGACAACACCUCCUCCAUUCAUUCCGAUAAAAUGUUCGAAAUGAAUUUUGCUCACUUCAAGGUCUCCUCUGACAUUGAGGGCUGUUACAUGAUGAGGAUCUUCGCGAUGAUAGAAGUGAGCGACGUGCUGGCCAUUCACGUGGAACGUAUAAUGACUCUGGUGGCAUUUAAUUUGUAGAUGGAAUCGUUGUCCGAAGUGGAACACAUUCUGAUGACGUUCUUCGAUUUGCCAUGCUCCAGCUCUCAAGUUGUUCAGGACGAUACAGUGAUCUCCUCCAUGCAUUCCCAUACGUACUGA